GGCGGCGUCCGGCCCAUGUUCCCCGGCGCCAUCUGGCCUCUUCCUCCUCUCCCCGUCUCUCCCCGUCCAUUGCCCAGGCGCACCGCACGAGACCAACGGGAGCCGACGGACCUAAACCCUAGGUGGCGGCGCGGCGCGGCGCUGCGAGGGAUUUGCGGCGGGCGGGCGGAGCAUCGCCUCGCGGCCGGAAAUCAGCGACCGGUGGUCUGGCAGCCUGCAAACAGGCGGCUGCGGGUGCAGAGCUCUAGAGCAGGCGGCGACCGGCCACUCAGCCAGGACCCAGGACCAGGGAGGAAAGUAGCUGGAAGGGGUGGAGAAAUGUCUGCACAUUAUGCAUUUGGACCGCAGGAAGAUGAUGCGAUUAUUAAACACAGGCUUCUGACUAGGACGACAACUACCAGGGGUGAACCGCCGCUAAAGAAGCUUCAGAAGAAGUUCAUGUCCUUUGCCACUGAGGUUGAGAAGGACACAGAUAACCUAAGUGACACUGAGAGACUGUACAAGGCCUUCCUACAGGAAAUUAACACUUUUGAGCUGCCUCUUCAGAAAAGCAAGGCUGUUGUUGAUGCAAACAUUAGGGAGAAGGAGAGCUUCAAUGAGCUGCAGAUUGAGAUCGAGAGACAAAUCUUGCAAGCUCAGACUGAUAUUGAGGAUCUUAAGAAGCAACUUGAGAAGAGCAAGAUCGAGAGGCAGCACAAGGAGGAGUGUGAAGCAAUCCGAAAGAUGAUUUCUUUGCAGCCUCCACGGUCAGAAACUGAGAAACUUAUUGCGGAUCUUGAGAAGGAGAUUGGUGAUUUGGAGGCCGAAAAUGUAGCAUGCAUAAGGACUUUGGAACUAAGGAAGAAGCAGUUUGCUCUUCUUCUGCAUGUGGUUGAGGAAUUGCAGAUCUCGAUUGAAGAUGAGCAAAGGAGUAUAGCAGAUGAGCUGAGAGCCGCCGCCGAAGAGCAGAAGAUGAGCAUAGAAGAAGGCAGCGGUGGUGCCUCAGAUGCCAUGGCUAUAGACUGAUCAGCAAUCCUAGUACAUGUGUAUCUCAUACCCUGCUUGCUCAAAUGCGCUACAUGGUUUUUUUGGACAAUAUGGAAUCGUAACAACUUGGUGGCAUUUUUUUGGGGGUAAUGUAUGUCUAUCUUGCAAAUCCAAUCGUAUGCUGCCUGUAAUCAAUUGUAGAAGUGUUUCAUUGUACUAUGAAGAAAAGUAUACAUUGUUGUGUAACACAUGCAGCUCUCCAUGUUCAGAUAUACUCGCCAGUGUUUUGUUAACUCUUCAGUGUUGAUGUACACUGACUAAUCUGCUUCAUUAUCAUUCUGGUAGAAUACAUGCAUCUAUCUUCAGUA